AUGCUUUAUCAAUCUCCGACUGUUGCAACAUUUACUACUUUACCAUUUGAAGAACCAUCAACCAAUUUUAAUCCACAAAGCACUUCAACUCCAUCUGAUUUAUUAGAUAGUGAUUCAAAUGAUGCUUUACAUUACAACGAUACAUCGGGUGGUCCCUCGGGACGUAUUCCUGAAUUAGUUUCUCAUUCUCAUAUUCGAAAUACUUCUUUGAGUUAUCGUGUUAAUGAAUCAUUAUCUAGGAGAAGGGAAAGUAUACGUCAUGCUGCCAAAUGUUUAAGUACUUUAAUUACAGGUUCUAAAGAAGAAAAACCCGGUCGAUUUAUUCCUGUAAUUCCAGAGAGAAAAAGUCCUCUAAUAGAUCCUCAAACAAAUGCUCCUUUUAUAAAAAAUUUUAUAACAACUUCCCGUUACACCUUUUGGAAUUUUCUUCCUAAACAACUUUGGUAUCAAUUUUCAAAAGUUGCCAAUAUUUAUUUUAUUUUUGUUGCAGCUUUACAAGCAAUUCCCGGAUUUUCUCCCACUGGACAAUUUACUACAAUCAUUCCAUUAAGUGUAUUUAUUGGUAUUGCCAUGGCACAUGAAGGAUUUGAUGAUUUACGUAGACAUAGACAAGAUCAAGUGGAAAAUAAUAAUGAAUGUUCAGUAUUAAGAGUUUAUCGAUCAAAUGAUGCAAAUGGUACUUCCAAAAGAAUUGGCGUAUGGAAUAAGGAAAAAUGGAAAAAUUUACAAGUUGGGGACUUCGUAUUGGUUAAAGCACAAGAAUGGGUACCCGCUGAUUUAUUAUUGCUUCAUUCAAAAGGUGAACAAGGAUCUUGUUAUGUAGAGACUGCUGCAUUAGAUGGUGAAACUAAUUUAAAACAACGUCAAGCAUUAAAAGAGACUAAUAAUUUAGUAAACAAAGAAGAGACUCUUGCAAAUUUUGAAGAAAAUCCAAAUCAAGAUUUAUAUAAUUUUGAUGGAUCAAUAAAGUUUCCCGAUGGAAAAUUGGUUAGUCUAUCAAACGACCAAAUCUUAUUACGUGGUACUAUUCUACGUAAUACCCCCGAAAUUUAUGGAUUGGUCAUAUUUACAGGUGAACAAACAAAGCUCCGGAUGAAUGCUUCAAAAAAUAUUAGAACAAAAGCUCCCACGAUACAACGAUUGAUGAAUCGGGUAGUGAUAAUUAUUUUUACCUUUGUAUUACUUUUAUCUGCUUUGUGCACUAUCUUUGCGGCAAUUUGGGAUGAGGAUAUGGUAACGGAUGCAUGGUAUUUUCUAGGAAUAAAAUCACCACUUUACGUUGUACUAUUUUCCUUCAUCAUUCUAUUUAACACAAUGAUCCCAAUAUCUCUUUACGUUACAAUGGAAUUAGUUAAACUUGCUCAAGCGUAUUUUAUUAAUAAUGAUUUGGAAAUGUAUCAUAGUGAAACUGAUACUCCGGCUGAAGCUCGUACAUCUACAAUUAAUGAAGAAUUGGGUCAAGUUAAAUAUUUAUUUUCGGAUAAAACCGGUACUUUGACGGAUAAUAUAAUGCUUUUUAGAAAAAUUAGUAUAGGAGGUAGGGCAUUCAUACACGAUUUAGAUUUGCGUAGAAUUGAAGAGGAAGAAUUAUUGGCAGCAUUAAAACAAAACAAGCGAUCAUCACGAUCAAAUCAUGGAUUUUCACGUAGACGGCAUAAUCGUUCGCAUUCACAUGAAGAUUUGGAGAACUCAGAUGAUAUUCAAAUAGCACCUCUAAAUCAUAGUAUUGGAAAUUUCUCAAUGAUUGCACCUACUACUACUGGUCCAUCGCCAUUAUAUAGAAGAGAUUCAUCAAAAUCUUCUACAAAGUCUGUGUUUAAAGGUAAAAGUACUCAAAUGCGUUCAACCCUUGAUCUACUUACGAUAAUACAACAUCAAUCUAAUACUCAAUUUGGAGAAUGUGCGCGAUUUUUCUUGCUUGCAAUUGCUUUAUGUCAUACUUGUGUACCAGAAAUUGACAAAGAAAGUCAAAAUAUAUUUUAUCAAGCUGCUUCCCCUGAUGAAUUUGCUCUCGUGACAGCCGCAAAAGAAUUAGGUUAUGUGGUAACUGAUAAAAACAUGUCCACGGUGUCACUUCGAAUUAAUAAUGAUGGCCCAGAAGGAUUAAUUGCACCUAAUCUAGAUAAUUCAAAAUAUGAAACUUAUAAGAUUUUGAAUGUGCUUGAGUUCUCUAGUAAACGUAAAAGGAUGUCUAUCGUAUAUCGCCUCCCUAAUGGAAGAAUUUGUUUACUUUGUAAAGGGGCUGAUUCUAUUGUACUCGAAAGAUUGAGAAAUCCAAAAAGGUCAAACAAGAAAGUAUUUAAGGGUGACAAAAAAGGAAAAUACAUGGAUACAAUGGAUGAUAAAAUAGAUAAAAUAGAACUUUUUGAUGAUUCCGAAUCAAAAUCAAAACGAUAUAAUCUUCGAGUGAGCACCUCGAAUCUUAAUAUUUCCAUAUCUAAUUCCGAAUAUUCUGUAGUUGAUUUAUUCCCUAUUCGAAAUGAGGCUUGGUUAUAUAGUCAAACCAUGUUUCAUAUUCAAGAUUUUGCUACUGAAGGUUUAAGAACUUUACUUUAUGCUCAUCGAUACUUAAGUGAAGCUGAAUAUAAUACUUGGAAUAAACUUUUCCAAGAUGCUUCAACUGCUCUAAUUGAUCGACAAAAAAAGAUAGAACAAGUAGCAGAACUUAUUGAAUGUGACUUAGAAAUCACAGGAGCUACAGCGAUUGAAGAUAAAUUACAAGAUGGUGUUCCUGAAACUAUUGACAAAUUACGGAGAGCGGGAAUAAGAAUUUGGAUGUUGACUGGAGAUAAACGUGAAACCGCAAUUAAUAUUGGAUACUCUUGUUCAUUAAUAAAGAAUUUUUCAACUGUAAUUAUUAUAGAUUGUAAUGUUCAAGAUCUUAAUUCUAUGUUAAAAAGAUAUCUAAAAGAUGUUGAUAAUGGUAUAGCUAAACAUGCGGUGGCAGUUGUGGAUGGAGCAACUUUAAUGACAAUUGAAAAGGAUACGGAAUUAAUGAAAACAUUUGUAUCAUUAGGAAUAUUAUGUGAAGCAGUUGUUUGUUGUCGUGUAAGUCCAGCACAAAAAGCUCUUGUAGUAAGGAAUAUUCGAGAAAAAUUAAAACAAACGGUAACAUUAGCAAUCGGUGAUGGUGCGAAUGAUAUAGCGAUGAUUCAAGAAGCACAUGUUGGUAUAGGAAUAACAGGAAGAGAAGGAUUACAAGCAGCUAGAUCAAGUGAUUAUUCAAUAGCACAAUUUCGAUUUCUAACUAGUUUAUUAUUUGUUCACGGUCGAUGGUCAUAUGUUAGAGUAUCGAAAUUUGUAUUAGGAACAUUUUAUAAAUGUAUGUGCUUUUAUUUAACGCAAGGAAUUUUUCAACUUUUUACAGGAUUCUCAGGAACAAGUUUAUACGAAUCAUGGACACUUUCAUUUUAUAAUACAUUAUUUUCUUCUUUACCAGUAAUAGUAAUUGGUAUGUUUGAAAAGGAUUUAAAGAGAAAAACAUUAAUAGGUGUACCAGAAUUAUAUCAAUUAGGACAACGUAACGGAGCAUUUAAUCUUAAAUUAUUUUUCUCAUGGAUGUGUGCAGGAAUAUUUCAUGCAUUUGUAAUUGUAUCGACAACAGUUUUAUUACAUGGAAUGUUUCUCUCAUAUGAAUUACGUGCUGUAGGUUCACCUCAAUUGUAUGAACUUGGAUUAGUAUCAUAUACUUGUGUAGUAAUUAUAGUAACCAUUAAAAUAGCUUACUUAGAAUGUCAUAAUUGGACAAUAAUAACUCAUGUGACAUCAUUGCUAACACUUUUUGGAUGGUUUUUAUGGCAAACAAUUUAUUCAUUUAUAUAUCCAGUUGUUUCUAAAUCAGCAGCAUAUGAUGUACGAGGAGUAUUUCAAAAAGUUGAUGUGGAUGAAUAUCAAGAAAUAGAAAAGGACAAAGAACAAUUAGAAAAAAUAAUAAGUGAAGGAGCAAAUACUGAAGAUAUGGAAGUAUCGCAAGCAGCGAAUGUUAUCAAUAGAAAAAAGAAUAAAGUACAUAAUAAUGAACCGCCUUCUUAUCAACAAUAUCAAAAUAUAAAUAAGGAUGGAUAA